AUGAGAAAAAUAUUUAUACUCCUCUGUUUCUUUGUGUUAUUGAUGGCAGCCCCAGUACACAUCUGUACGGACCAUUUACACGCUGUUGAAGACGCAAUCACAAAAACAGACGCAGAUAUCACAAAUGACGAAGACAUCGAAAAGGAAAUUUUGGAAGAUUUAGACAGCGCAUUUUCGGAUAUUCGGAACUCGAUAUGUAAAGCGGAUUUUGUGCAAACUGCGGAUAUGAUUGACAAAUUGCGUGAGAAGUUACUCCGAUUGAGACAACGAAAAGCAGAACGAGUGAGAGAGUUUCAACGUAUUGUGAACGCGCUUCCACCACAUAUUCAACACCGUCUUCUUUUCAAAAACAAAUUGGAAAACAGAAUGAGGAUCAACCCGGACUACAUUAGCGUUGCUGACGUCCCCGCAAUUCCGGUCUUUGAAGGAAUGCCCAAUUUAGCGCCCAUCAUCACUAAAAUAGCAGAUGGGUAUGUCAACGAACUCGACGAUGUCGCUGGCGACCAAACGCUCAUCGCUUUCCAACAAAAAUACACGCAACUAAAACGACAAUCGUCUGUCGCUUUUUUGAAGUCGAAAAAGGUGUUAGAAGCCAUUGAAGCCGUGUUUGCAUCGAUUCGAGUCGGUCGACUUGGAUAUACGUCAGCUCAACCUGUGUAUAAAAAGCUUCGAACUAUUUUAACAAAAACUUCUGAUGAAGAAAAGAAGUUGAUAGAAAACAUUGGCAAGUUGAGAGUCAACAUUUUCAAUCGCAAGAAGAAUCUCCUCAAAAAGUUGUUGGCAAGUGGAAGAAUUGUCCAAAAGGAUGUCGUGAACUCUCGAAUUGACUACUUAAAAAAGAUGGCAACAGCAACUCAGGCAAACAGCAAGAUGGAGAACGAGCAGCGGAUUAAAUCACUUUUGGAAGGCAUUGACAACCAAUGGAAAUCACUUCAAGAAUUAAAAUUGAAAGAGUCCGUUGACACGAGUCUCCCCCUUGGCCCCGAGCGUAAGACCAAAGAAGAACCAAUGGACGAGCCUCCAAUGCAAGAGGGUGAAAGGGAAUAA